UGCAACACUGGAUGAUAUGGAAAAACCACCUUAUUUUCCACCCAGUAUAGCCAGAGCAACUCAAGGAAGAGACUAUAUGCCAGCUUCUGGAUUUGCUCUUUUCAGAGCCAAUCAGAGUGAGGCAACCAUAACUAUUUCAGUUUUGGAUGAUGAUGAACCAGAAAGGUCGGAGUCUGUGUUUGUUGAACUCCUCAACUCUACUUUAAUAGAGAAAGUACAGAAUCGCCCAAUUCCAAAUUCCCCACGCCUUGGGCCUAAGGUCGAAACCACUGCUCAUCUAAUCAUCAUUGCCAAUGACGAUGCAUUUGGAACUCUUCAGCUCUCGGCACCAGUUGUUCGAGUGGCAGAAAAUCACGUUGGACCCAUUAUCAAUGUGACUAGAGCAGGAGGAGCAUUUGCAGAUGUUUCUGUGAAGUUUAAAGCCGUGCCAAUAACUGCAGUGGCGGGUGAGAAGAGACAUCCAAGGAGCAGUGAAGUGUUUUAGAGGGAAAUUAUAUUCUUAAUUAACAAAGCCACUUAGAGAUGUAGUGAGAAAAAUCAACUAGAAAACAAUAGUUCUCUUGCAUCUUUUUAAAGGCAUAAAUGUAGAGCUUUUAUCUAGCAUUUAUGGCACCAGUUUUGCAGAAUUCUUGAGAAAUGUUAGCAA